GACGCGUAAAUUUCUGCUUAUAAAAAUUUCAAUCUCCGGAAAAGUAAUAUCCCGAUUUCUUUAUUAUUAAGUAGAGAAAGUGUUAAACAUUACGAUAAAAUAUUAAAGACAUAGAAUUGAUAUAAGUGACCAUCAGGCUUAAGAUUGAGACAUGGACAAUGAUAAAAUUUGUUGUCCCAUCUGUUCUAAAGAAUUUUCUUCUGUAAUAAUAGAGAAUCAUGUCAGUAAAUGUUUAUUCCUAAAUGAAUCAACAAGCAAAGAAUCUUCAUCAUCCUUUAAGGAUGGAAGUCCUGCAAGGAAGUAUAUGAAAUUAAGUAAUACCAAAGUAAAAAAGGACGACGUAGGAUUAGUAAAAAAUACAACUAAAAUGGUAUCAUCAGUAAUAAAUGUAGAUUCUCAAAGUCCAACGACAUCAAUUAAUAAUAAUACAGAUAAAGAAGUUACAAAGUUAUUUAGGAACGAUCAUAUACCUCUUGCUGAACGUAUGAGACCUACAACACUUUCAGGGUAUGUUGGUCAAUUACAUGUUCUUGGACCAUCUACUGUUUUAUAUCAAUUAUUAAAUAAGUCUGAAAUACCAAAUAUAAUUUUAUGGGGUCCACCUGGUUGUGGAAAGACGUCUUUGGCAAAUGUUAUAGCUUACAUAUGUAAGAAUAAGUCAAAUGGUAAAAUGAGAUAUGUUAAGUUAUCUGCAGCAAUGGCUGGUGUAAAUGAAGUAAAAGAAGUAAUCACUAUAGCUUCUAAUGAGUUAAAAUUUAACAGACGUACAGUGAUUUUCAUGGAUGAAAUACAUCGUUUUAAUAAAACUCAGCAAGAUGUAUUUUUACCACAUGUUGAAUCUGGUAUCAUUACACUAAUUGGUGCAACAACAGAAAAUCCUUCUUUCAGCUUAAAUUCGGCACUUUUGAGUCGUUGUAGAGUCAUUGUUUUGGAAAAAUUGAAUACAUCUAAUUUAAUGUCUAUAUUAAAUCGAGCAGUGUCUUCACUAGAGGGAACGGUAUAUAGCUCAAAUAAGAAAUUGGAAAGUGCAAAUCAAAUACCAAAAUUUAUUAUAGAUGAACCGACCAUAGAAUGGCUAGCAGAAACUUGUGAUGGUGACGCGCGUAUAGCAUUAAGUGGACUAGAAUUAGCAGUUCAGUAUAAAAUACAGAGCAAUGAAGAAUUUUUACAAAAUGGUCCUGUGACCAUAACAUUAGCUAAUAUUAAAGAAGGCCUUAAAAAAACUCAUAUGUUAUAUGACAAGAGAGGUGACCAACAUUAUGAUAUGAUUUCAGCUCUACAUAAAUCUGUUAGAGCAAGUGAUGAAAAUGCCUCUCUUUAUUGGUUAACAAGAAUGAUAUUAGGUGGCGAAGAUCCAGUUUACAUUGCACGAAGAUUGGUUAGAAUGGCAUGUGAAGAUAUUGGUUUAGAAGAUCCAAAAGCACUUGGAAUUGCUGUACAUACAAUGCAUGGUUGCAAGAUGAUAGGAAUGCCUGAAUGUGAUGUCCUUUUAGCACAGUGUACAACAUAUUUAGCAAGAGCACCAAAGUCUAGAUUAAUGGAAGAUGCACUCAGAGCUGCUCAAAGAGUAAUAGCUGAACAUAAAGGACCUCAGCCUGGAGUACCUUUAUAUUUAAGAAAUGCUCCAACAAAGCUUAUGAAGAAUCUAGGAUAUAGCAAAGGUUACAAUAUGAAACAUAAAGAUGAAUCAGGAAUGAAUUAUUUACCAGAAGGAUUAGAAAAUGUAAACUUCUUUGAUUACCAUAAGAAUUAUAUGACAUAAGGUAUAAACUUGAAUAAAAUUGAAUGAAAAAUUGGUUACAAUAUAUUUAUAAUAUUGAAGAGUACAGAAUAAUAAUAUUGCAUACAUAUUAAUUAUCGAGAUACAGAUUUAAGUAAGAAGACUAUACUAGUUAUCAAAAUGCAAAUCUAAUAGUUUUAAUAUACAUUUUGUAGUCGAAGCAAAAUUAUGCAGAAUUUCAAUAAAAACAGGAAGACAGUGCAAGCUUAA